AUGUGUGGAUUUAGACAAUUAAGUAACUUUUAUGGUGAAGCUGCAACUACCAUUCUCUACAGUAUCUACCAAUGCUUUCAUCCAAUUUCUAAGCAAAAUGAAAGAAGUAUGAAUAUCUUACCGGUCACUUUAUCCCUAAUUGCAAGUUUUCUCUCGGCCAAUACAAUUGUUGGCCUGCCUGCAACCAUUACCAAGGAAGGCCUGACAUUUGGAUGGAUUAUUUUCACCUUCCCCAUUUCUAUGUUCCUGGUUUCAUACUUUUUUGUUCCGGUGACCUACAACUUGAAAGUUGUUGAUGUAUUUGUGUACUUAGAAUUACGGUUUUCUCAUGUCAUGCAAAAAGUAGGAGCCUUUAUGUUCUGCACUCUUCAGGUAAUCUACUUGUCAAUAGUUUUACGUGGACCUGGAAUUAUUUUUGAAGAACUUUCAGGAUUCCCAGAAGAAGAGUCAAUUGUCCUUGUAGGAGUUGUCUGCUCUUUGUAUACAGCACUUGGAGGAAUGAAAGCAGGAAUCUACAUUGAGGCCUUCCAGUCUAUAACAAUGUUUCUUGGUCUCUUAGUGGUCGUAAUCACCACUUACUCUACAAACAGUACGGAUGUUUUGCAGGCAGCAAUGGCAAAUCAGAAUGAGACUUUAUUUUUCCAAACAGAAGACUCCUCUAAAUACAGCAUACAGUCUGUGUUGAUUGGUGCCACUGUUUUGUAUACAGCCAUUUAUGCAGUCAACCAGUCGCAAGUACAGAGAUAUGCAGCAUGUACAUCUUUAAAGAAAGCCCAAAUAAGUCUAUGGUUGACUUCUCCAGGCCUCAUCAUUGUAAUCAUUCUUUGUUGUCUUUUUGGGCUGCAAAUGCUUGCUCAUAAUAUUGAAUCUGAAGAUAUGGACAAGGCUGUAGGCAAAUUCCUCAUGGAGAGAAUAGACAUGGAUGGUGUGGUGGGUUUAUUUGUUGCAGGAAUAUUCAGUGCUACCAUGAGUUCUUUUUCUUGUGGUUUGAGUGCAACCAACAAGGUCUUCUCCAAAAACCUAUUGCCGAAAUUCAACUUCGGCCACAGAAAGACAGAGAUUGUCCACAGCGUGAUUGCAUUUUUAAUUGGGAGUCUUUGUACUGGAAUUGCCACCCUGUUAUCUCAAGGAAUUUUGAGAGCAUCUUUAUUCAUUUAUGGCAGCCUUUGUUGUCCAAUCCUUGGAGUUGUUAUUCUGGGAAUCUUUUUCCCUUGGACAAAUAAAAAUGCUGUUUACUUAGCAAUUGGAAUCACUGUGCCUUUCAUAAUUACAUACUACAUCAUUCAGCAAAAUGUGGAAAAUUGGCCAGCCAUCAAUAUUCUCUGGUAUGGUCCAAUAACUGUAACAAUGGUGAUAAUUAUUAGUAUUCUUGGAAGUAAAGCUAUGGGUUUCCAAGAUCCAUCCACCAUUUCUUGCAACUUGCUGAGUCCAUUCAUUCUGAAGAUUUUAAAUAAGUCUCCAAAAUACCAGAAAAAUAUCAGUCAGGAGCAGGCCAGAAUGUGGAAUGAUGAUAAAGAAUCCACUGUAUGA